AUGGUACGUGGCGUUUCGAGACGAGAGGAGGCUUUUCCGACACGGAUCGUUGCCAUUCCGGUUGACAUUACGAAGCUGAAGAUCGACAGUAAUCCUUUUGCGAAGGGAUUUCGGGAUUCGUCGCGAUUGACGGAUUUUGAAAGGGAGACGAUGGAGACAAUGUUGGCGGAACAGCAUUUGCAGAGGUACCCCCAUCGAUUUCCAUUUGAGAUCGAUCAAUUGCAAGCGGGAGCGGCAAAUAAUUUGAGCCUCGAGGAAAAGGCACUUUGGGCGGCACAAUCACAAUUAUUAUUGCGAGCGGCUGCAGCGGCCGCCGCUCCAUAUGCUCUUGUUAAUCCAACACUCGUCUAUCCGGGAGCGGCUUCAGCAGCGGCAGCGGCGGCCGCAGCUGCUGCCGCGAGUUCCAGUCAACAGCAACAGCAACGUCAACAAUUGGGUCACUUAUGGUGGGGCUCAAUUGGACCGACAUUAUUUGCCGCUGCGCAUCAUCAACAACAACAGCAACAACAAUUGGCGGCAACAAGUGCUCAGCAACAAUCAACUGGACCUGCAGCGCCAAGACCCGUCUAUCCAUCGGCACUGGCACUAUCGCAUCAUAGAUUCUCGCCCUAUCACACAUCGCCUACUCCAAAAUCAUCAACCCCUGUUUUACCUUCGCCGUCGCCCUCGAGGAGAGCCACGCCUUCUCCAACUGACAGCCUCUGCCGCGAGGCUCAAGAUUUAUCUCCCUCGUAGUUGAAGAUUUAGGGCUGAGGCUCGAUUAAGGAAUUUCAAGGGUUCUCCUCUCAUAAUCAGGACAGAUGGGUCGGAAUUGUUUCCUUUUUCCAUAUUUAUAGAGAAGCAGAAAAAUUUGUUAAAAUUACUAAAUUUUAUAUUACUUUUACAGUAUUUUAUCGUUUUUUUAAAAACAAUUUUCAAAAUUGUUUUUUUUAUUUCGCGCUCCCAAGAAAACCUAAGAAGCAAAUGAAUUAUUCGUUAGGUUCGUAUUAGAUUUAUCUUCAUUAAAAGAUUUUUUUUUAUUAUUUGAAUUUGAAACCAAUUUUCACUGAAUAUUUUCGAUAUUAAUAAUCGAAAUAAAAAAUUAAUUAAUAAUUAAUUAAAAUAAUUUUUAAUUAAUA